AUGAAUGGAUUUGUACUUGCCAAGAAGAGUUUCCGAGCUGGAUACUAUUGGAUGAUCAUGGAAAGUGAUUGCUGCAAAUAUGUGCAAAGGUGCUAUCUAAUCAAGGUUUCACUGAGUGAAAGUAAUGCUAUGAGCUUACCAUGGCCUUUCGUUGCCUCGUGCAUAGACGUCAUUGGAUACAUCGAUCCCGCGGCCUCAAACGGGCAUCGAUUCAUUUUAGUCUCCAUCGACUACUUCACCAAAUGGGUGGAACCAAUAUCACACAAGUCAGUGACAAAGAAAGUGGUAACCGACUUCAUGCGAAACAAUAUCAUAUGCCGAUUUGGCAUACCCGAGUCCAUCAUAACUGACAAUGGGGACAAUUUGGAUAGCCAUGUAAUAAAGGAUAUCUCUGAACAAUUCAAGAUCACUCACCAGAACUCGACAGCCUACCGGCCACAAAAGAACGGAGCCGUAAAAGCAGCCAACAAGAAUAUCAAGAGGAUAUUGAGGAAAAUGACAGACAAUUACAAAGGUUGGCACGAUAAAUUGUCUUAUGCUUUACUGGGAUACCGUACUAUGGCCAGAACUUCAACAGGAGCAACUCCAUACCUGCUGGUCUAUGCUGCUAAAGCGGUUAUACCUGCCGAGGUCGAGAUACCUUCCUUAAGGAUCAUCAUAGAAGCAGAAUUGGAUAAUGUUGAAUGGGUCCGAGCUCUAUAUGAGCAAUUGGCUUUAAUUGACGAGAAAAUAAUAGUUUACGUAUGCCACGAUCAACUAUACCGACAAAAGAUCGCAAGAGCCUUCAACAAACGAGUCAGGACUCGACUUUUCCAAAUUGGGCAGAUGGUGCUUAAAAGAUUUUUCCCGCAUCAAGAUGAAUACAUAGGGAAAUUCGCUCCCAACUAG